AUGAUCCCUUCGAAAGGCAAUGGUUGGAUACUGCCCAAGGGUAAAUGGGAUGGUCAACACGAUACUGAUUGGGAAUCCUGCGCAAGGCGCGUGGCUAUACGGAAGGCCGGGUUGGUGCUUGGUCCUCUCACCUAUCUGGGCACUACCCCCGGUCGUCGUAGCGGCAUUGUCUGGUAUAGCGGGACAGUGAAGGAAACACGAGACCCUACCGACACGAGCGCUCGAGAUUAUGAGACUGGAGUAGAAUUCUCAUUCUCAUAUGCAUUUAAUAAUUUAAGGACGCAUGAACUGUUUAAAUACAAGUUACCCAUGUGGAAUGCCCUCCAGGCAGCCAUAGAGAAGGCAAAGCGUACGCGUUACAGGGGGUAA